UUACGCAAACUCGUGGCCUCAUUUUUGCCAAAAACCACCUGACUUUAGUCCCCUUGUGACUCAUAGCAUUUUGUGACCAUUUUCCAUCCCGAGGUCGACCACUAGGGGGAUGAUAAUAUUCAAUGAAGGACCUCCCACCAUUGGAGGUAGCAGCCAAUCUCAGAUCGAGCACUGGCCAUUCCUAUCUAUGAUUGGUCAUUUUCAAUGACUGGUAUUGGUCCGAGGAACUGUUCAGAAUUUUAACUGGAAACGGCGGCGGUAGUAUUGUGUUUAUAUUUAAAGAUGGGAGAAAGAAUCGGUUUGUGUCUGUUUAGAAAAUAAACCGCUGUAAUAUUUUAACCUGUUUCAGUUUAGCUACAUGUAGUCACUUUUAUCAUUGUAGGGACAGACAACAGACGACAAAUCUUCAUAAAUAAAGUGUAACGUGCUUCCCAUAACCAUGCAGUUUGACGGCAGCGUGAGGCGCUUCGCACAAGCUAAUCCAAAGGGUAUUAAAUCCACGACGAAACCUGUUGCCAAGCAGAACUCGUCGUUAGCCGCGAAGAUCAAGACAAAGAUCCAAAAUACGUCAUCCUUCUUCAAGGUCUCGCUGAAGACCAAUAACAAGGCCCUGGCCCUCGCCCUGGUGGCCCAGAAGGAGAAGAGCCGGCUGCUGGAAACGGAGACGGUUCGGCUGCGGAAAGAAGUUCAGGCUCUGUGCUUUGACCUCGCGCACCGUCGGCAUAAGCACAACCAGCUGGUCAGACUUUUGAGGGACCAUCAAGCAAGAGCCUUGAACAGCCUGGUAGCUGCUGUGGACCUGCUCUCCUCUGAAGAUGUCUCCAUUGGUGCAAAUGAAGAAAUAAACGAGAAAUCCCCUCCAGACCCUGAAGAUGCUAUCGUGGAGCUGGGGAGCAAAGUGUGCAGGGUGCCGGUCCUGCCUGCGCAAACUGGAAACACUGCGUGCCCUUCGCCAAAGGAACCAACCGGGGAACCCAGCAGAUCACCCAGAGACCAAUCGAGGAACCCCUCAGUGGAGAUCCACGCACAGCCCAGCACUGCCACUCUUCCCAGUGUCCAGGCGUCCAUCGGAAGUGCGUGUAAUGAGGAGGACACAGAGACUGCAGAAAGGAUCCCGUCUCUCCCAGAAAAAGUUUGCCGCCCGUCCACCGGCUUGCAGCUGCAGUUAGAUAAGUGGACCCGGUUCUACUCGGAUACUCUGCUGGAGUCAGAAACCUUCCCAGAAUCCCUUGCUGUGAAUUCAGUGUCUGCGGUGGAGCCUGUGGCAGAGCUGGCCUCGGUGGAGCCGGGGGGGCUGGCUGGCAGCCCAAGGGGGGGGUCCGCACGUCCAGAGAGGACCAGCCUCUUUGAAACGGAGAUGGAGAUCACACUUGGCGACACGGCGGCAAAAAUAGUCACCGUGGAGACCAAACCCAGGAAGAGCAGGAAGGAGGGCGUGGCCAGGUCGAGGAAACAGGAGAGCGCGCAGGCGGUCGGCAGCCAUUCUCCAGGUAAGGAAGAGAGGAAGAAGAAGAAGAAAAGCAGCUCUGUUCGCAGAGAAGAGACUGAGAGCGCAAAUGCCCCUCCCACUCAGGGGCGGAGCAUGAUUCCGAGACCCGCCUCCCGCCUGCCUCCCGGUCCCGCCCGCCCCGCUGAAGAGGAGGAGCCCGCGGGCGGAGACGCGGACUGGUUCGCGGCUCGCCGGAACGCUCACGUCACCUCCCGCAACGCGAAACACCGUCGGGACACCCGCGACGCCCCGAAACCCGCCGGAGCCGUCCCGGGGGAGCCGAACCUGAGGAAGACGUUCAUCGUCUCCCUUGGCAACGGCUGUACGACGGCCGGAUCCGUAACCUUGCUGAACGAUGACCGUUUCAGCAAUGCUGAAACUCGCGAGUCAGACGACUAUUUCAGAAAUGCUGAAACUCGCGAGUCAGACGACUAUUUCAGAAAUACUGAAACUCGCGAAUCAGACGACUAUUUCAGCAAAACUGAAACUCACAAAUCAGACGACUAUUCCAGAAAUACUGAAACUCGCGAAUCAGAGGACUAUUUCAGCAAAACUGAAACUCACAAAUCAGACGACUAUUCCAGAAAUACUGAAACUCACGAAUCAGACGACUAUUUCAGAAAUACUGAAACUCACGAAUCAGACGACUAUUUCAGAAAUCCUGAAACUCGCGAGUCAGAAGACUAUUUCAGCAAAACUAAAAUUCGCGACUCGGAACGCAAGGCUAUGGAAAUGCCCGGGGACAGGGAUACCGGGGGGGCAGAAGGGCUGAAAGGGAAUAGCAGGAAGACUUACUUCAUCUCCACGGCGGAGAGCGGUUCUGCCGUGAGCAGGAAAACGUACGUGAUCGCGCACGACGGCAAGCCGGGCCGCGCGUCCGCGAAGUGCCGGAGGACCAAAGCUCUUCCCGCGAGCGCGGAAAACGAACCCGCCAUCGAGGAGCGCGGCGCUGGCGACCCGGGCCACGUCGAGGAACCGGCGGUAGCCGAAACAAGCGCGUUAGAACUCCACAUCGGACCGCCCCGGGACCCCCAGCCUGGCUUGGCGGGAAAACGGAAGGGGCCGUUCUUGGAGGGGCCCCUGGCCCCCGGCGUGGGCCCGGCGGGGGACCCUGGUGACCCGGACGGUCCCGUUGCGGAGGACGACCCUCCCUGGGAGACCCCGAAUCCGCCCUUCGUCGUCACGGAGGAACCCAAACCUAAGAGGUGCAAGAAGGAGUGCGGCGCCCGAGAGGGGAAGAAGGAGAGAAAACGGAGGGAUGACACCUGCCCUCAGGGGAAGAAGAGGAGGAAGAAGAAGAGGAGGAGCGGCGGCGGCGGUCACGAAGAGCGAGACCUCGACGCGGACGUCCCGGCCUCGUGGGGGGCCGGCGAGACCCGUAGGCCGGCCCCCGGACCGGAGCCAGAGGAGCUGUGGGCGGAGCAACCGGAACACUGGGGCAUAAUGACGGACCGCGUGACGGCGCGCGGAAAGAGUAGUUUAAGGAAGACCGACGUCGUCUCUCCGGGCGGGUGUGGAGGCCGUAACUCGGUCGACUCUGCGGUCAGCGCUCGACCGCUUGCGUUUCCUGCUCCGGAGGAAGAGAGCGAAGGAGCCAGAAAAGGCGUGACUUCCGCCCUCGCGUCCGCGGAGUCCAACGGCGAGGAAGACAAGGAGAACGAGGCCGGUCCCGGCGCCGCUGCCGCUCGGAGCGGAGUGCCGAAGAGGAGCGGGUCCUGGGAGCCGGAAGAGCCCGCGCCUCAGAGCCGUCCGGCGGCGGACAGGAAGUCGUCCGCGGUCCCCGAACGUCACGCGCGCGGGGCCAACGCGUCCACGAGGGGCUCGAGGAGCAGGGCGCCCCCCAGCAGGAGGGGCUCGGAGUGGGAGAAGGAGGCGCGCGCUGGGGAGGUCCCGGCUGGCACGGGCUCCCCGGAGGGGGCGCAGGAGAGUCUGAAAAGGCUGAUCAUGGGCGAGAGGCCCCCCUGGGAGCUGCUGGAGGACAUCGGCGCCUCCUUCCCCGAGUGGGACGUCCCGUUGGAGACGCCUACCCCCAGCCCUCUUUCGAAGCCGACGCCCGGUAGGGUGACCGUCUACGAGGAGCAGCUGGACAGAGUACCAGAGAGCUCUCCAGUGGUCAGAGCGCUGAAGAGCUGUACCAACACGGCUGUUAUGAUGGACCCGGAGCAGGGAAGGGUGCGGAGACGUGGGAAAGCUGCUGUUUCCUACAAGGAACCGUCCAUCAACUGCAAAAUGAGGCGUGGAGAUAAAUUCAGUGACACAAAUUUCCUGAGUUCUCCGAUAUUCAAAGAGAAGAAGAAGAAGAAGAAAGUGCAGGCUCACAAGCUGGAGAUUCAUACGGGGCAUCAUUUUAAUGACAUGGAUUGAAUUCUGUCUUUCUUUUCAUCUUCAUAAUUUAAUUUUACAUAAUUACUUUUCCCGUGUUAUACUUUGUAUUUUACACCGACUUUUAUUGAAUAAAGUCUUUCCCAGUUUAAAAUAUCGAA